GAGUGUGUGUCUGACAUUGUGUCGAGAUUCUAUUGAGUGUACGUGUUUUAUUGUGUAAAGAUGUCGGAGUUUACAGAAUGUCUAAUUUGUGAAGUACAAAAGAGGAGUAUUUUGUGGAACAUGAAGGACAAUAACUACCACAAUAGGCAUGCUUCGAAUCGCGCAUGGGAAAGCAGUGGCCAUUGCUUUGGGGAAAACAAGAACUUGAACCUUCAUGAAAUUUUGACGAUGCUAGAAGAUGAAGAGAUCCAAGUGCCACCUGAUGAAGAAAUUGGCGUAUAUAUUCAGCCACCAAUCAAUGCAAAUGAUGAUGUCACUGAUGAGGAUUCUGGGGAUGAGGACAUGACUUCAAUCCAUCAUCUUCCAGGAAACCAACUAUUGGCCCCGGCUGAAGUUUCCCAAGAAUUUGAACUGAGCGAGACUGUGAAAGGCAAAUGGAAAAAUUUAAGUGACACGUUUCGCAGGGAAUUGAAGAAAGUCCCUGGUUAUCGGUACGGAAGUGACGGUGACCAAGCCCCCAAAUACACUGGACAUUGGCCAUAUUUUGAAAGGAUGCUGUUCCUCAGAGGUGUAAUGACGCCAAGGCCUACUGAUUCUAACAUGUCAGUUACUGAUGAAGAGCGAAAUGAAAAUAACAUUGAUACCAUAACCCACGAAUCCGAUCCUGAUGACCCUGGUACAAAACGGCACCUUAUAUAUCUAAAAAGACGUAAAUUAACUGGUUCAGAGCAAUUUAAGGCUGAUAUUUUGGCCCUAGAGGCUAAAAAGAUUAACAUGCUCGAAAAAGACAGUGACCAGAAUGAUGACGAUUUAAAUUUCUUCAAGUCAUUGCUGCCACAUAUGAAAACUCUACCAGCAGUAAAUAAAUUAUUUUUCCGCAGUAAAGUUCAGAACAUGCUUGCUGAGGAAAUGAUGAACGCCAACCGGCCCCAUUACGCUACAUUUCCAAAUACAUUUGUUCGUACUACUCCACAAACGCCAGUAACUACGCCAGAAACUACUUCUCAUGCUACUACUAGUUCAGGAAGGACGCCAGCAAGUACGCCUGACGUAAUUGUACAUCAAGAUCUUAACACAGACGAGACUCAAUCUCAAUCUAUCUUGCUAUGGAAUUUAAAUUGACACUUAAAACCUUACAAAGCUUAAAUGUUAAUCGUUCUUUUGUGUUUCCUAUUCUGUAUAUACUCAUAUUGAUGGAGCAAUUAAAAUGAUUUCCUAAACUCUGUUCGUUU